UAUUGUAGACAACAGAAAUUAAAAAGUGAAUUGAUCUAAUAUUAGAGUUUAUUAAUUUUUUAUCAGUAAAAAAAUAUUGAAUUAUGAUUUUAAUGAUAUUUUAAAUUAAAUUGCAUAAAAUGAUUGUUUAUAAUUCUCGAAUUUUCAAUUCCUCAUUCCGUAUUGCAUUUUCAAAUAAAAAUAAACGAACAUUUAAAAAUGGAUCGUGGAUCAUGCCUAAAUGUGGUUACGAUACUGGAAUUAAGAUAUAUAAUUGCAUAACUAAAACAAAGGUGCCUUUAAUUCUUCAAAGCAAUAAAGUAACAUCUUGGUAUACUUGUGGACCUACUGUAUAUGACUCCACACAUAUUGGUCAUGCUAGUUGCUAUAUGAAGCUUGAUAUAAUUCAACGAAUUUUGAAAAAUUAUUUUAAUAUAGAAAUAGUCACGGCAAUGAAUAUUACAGACAUUGACGACAAAAUUAUUAGAAAAGCUAAGGAGUGUAAUACAAAUUCUCAAACGAUUUCUCAAAUGUACGAAAGAGAAUUUUGGAAUGAUAUGAAAAGUCUAAAAAUACAAAGACCAGACAUUAAAAUUAGAGUUACUGAAAAUAUUCCAUAUAUCAUUGAUUUCAUUUCGAAACUACUAAAAUAUAAUCAAGCAUAUAUUGGACAAGAUAACUCAGUGUAUUUUCAUGUAAACAAAUAUAAAAAUUAUGGUAAACUACAAUUUUUGAAUAAAGACGAAUUAUACGAGUACAAAGGAUGUUCAAUUAAAAAAGAAAAUAUUGAUUUUGCUCUAUGGAAAGCUCAAAAAGAAAUAAAUGAGCCAGCUUGGACUACACCUUGGACAACGGCAACAAAUGGGCGACCGGGUUGGCAUAUAGAGUGCAGCGCCCUUGCAACAAAAAUAUUUGGCGAUAAAAUAGAUUUUCAUUGUGGAGGUUUGGAUUUAAAAUUUCCUCAUCAUGAAAAUGAAGAAGCCCAAAGCUGUUGUUAUCACAAUACAGAUCAAUGGGUUAAUUAUUGGUUGCACACAGGUCAAUUAAAUUUAAAAGGCCAAGAGCAAAAAAUGUCAAAAUCUUUGAAAAAUACAAUUAAUGUUAGUGAGCUUUUACAAAAAUAUACUUCAGAUGAAUUUCGAAUGGCUUGUGCUUUAUCAAAUUAUAGAAAUUCAAUGGAAUUUUCAGAUGAGCUAAUGAUCUUGGCUAAAACAACUUUAAAUAAAUUUGAUUCAUUUUUGUCAGACUGUCAGGCCUAUUUAGAUGGUAAAACACAAAUGGGAGAAAUAGAGCCAAGUUAUAUAUUAAAAGGAAUUCAUAAAACAAAAAAUGCAAUUGAUACAUCUUUAAAAGAUGAUUUUGAUACAUCAAAAUGUAUUGGGCAUUUAAGUGAGUUUGUUAGUGAUAUUAACAAGAUCUCUAAAUCAUACAAUGAAUCCUAUACAUCAUCAUCAAUUGUAGAGAUGGCUGCUGCAAAAAGUUUUGUACAGAAAAUUUUGACUACAAUGGGAUUUUCUAUUAAUACUCGAACUGAAAACAUAAUCAACUUGCAAGAAGAUGUAAACUUAAAUAACAUGAUUGAGAAAUUAGUUGAAAUUAGAUACAAUAUAAGACAGUUAGCCGCACUUGAUAAAAAUCAAAAUUUAUUUGAAAUUAGCGAUGAAAUUAGACAAGUUCUUAAAAAUGAAAAUAUUGAAAUUAAGGACCAUAAAAAAGGAAGCACUUGGAGUAAACUUAAAAAAAACGAUUAGAAAAAAUAAAGCAAGAUAUUAA